UGAUUAAAGCCUUUAAUCGUGAUACAUCGUUUAUUUAAUGAAAAGGGAAAAUUCGGAAAAAUUAUUUUUUCGACACAUUUACAAGAUAACAAUGAGAAGAGUGAACCCUCCGGCGAGCUUCUCCCGUAUUUAUAAAGUUAGAGUUCCGGACCCGGUAGGCGCAUGCGCUCUGGACCCAGAUGGCGGUGCGCGGCGGUCUGGGUGAACAUUUACAGCAGCAGUGUCAUCAAAACAUUUGGUUCCCAGCUGUUAGGAGCUAUUACAAAGUUUUCUAUCCUCGUUUUUUGUCUAGCGAAACUGCGCCUGCACAUAUGAGACAUGCAAACGGUAGACCUACGAGGACCAGCCAGGCUGAAGCCCCAGCGCAGAGCCGUCAGGUCGGGAUGUGAACCCAGAGAGGUCCGCAGGGUGGCGGCCAAUAGGACCCGGAAUAUACGCUAUAAGGUCGGGUACAACUGGAACCGGGGCGGGAGACUCAAGGAGCUGCGAAUACGGCACCUGGCGAGAAAGUAUUUGAAAAUAUGGUUGAAGAAUACGUUUGGUCGGGUUCUUCCGAGUAGAGCAAGGUCCCACCGCGACAGAACGGUUCUUCUCGGAGCGUUUGAAACCUGGAAAGAGGAGUGGUGGACAACCAGGAGGGAGUGGAGUCUGUUAGUUCGGGCAGAGUGUCACCAUAAGUACACCCUUUACUGUAGGACCUUUCGUUGCUGGCAGAUCUUUGCAGAGACCAGGAGGCAGAAGAUGGAGAUGGCACAACAGGCACAAUCCUACGCUGAGAAGCACCUGGUUUGUCUGGUAUGGAAGAAGUGGGAGGUGUUUGUGCUGAUGAAACGCAUGAAGGCCAGGAUGCUCGAUUUGGCUGUUCAACAGAAUAUACGGUCGACAACACGCUCCACCUGGAAGAUGUGGCAAGCGAAGCUCCAACAGACUUUAGAUGUGUUUGCUUUGGAAGAGCAGGCGACUGAGUUCAGGCGUCUGGCGUUACUUAGCAAGGCAUGGCUUCAGUGGAAACACUCACACAAGGCUGUCUACACUCAGAGACAGUCUGAAAACAAAGCAUCACGCCAUCGAAACCAAGCACUUCAGAUGAACGUGUUGCAUCAGUGGAUGUGUUAUGUUCGCAGUCGCCAAUGCAAAAAGCAUCCAAAUGAUGUGGCGCGGCAGGCUAGGAGCCAAACACUGAUAGAAGAGGGUUGGAGAAAAUGGCGGCUCACAUUAAUUCUCAGGAAGGACGAGGUGCAGCGACUACAAGCUGCAGAACAUCUGGCCAGGAGGCGCAAGCAGCGCACAGCCAUGGAGCGCUGGAGGACCUUAGACAUGACACUGUGCAGGGAAGAGGCUGAAAGAGAUGAGCUGGCAUGCCAACAUGGACGACAGCGUUUGCUGUGGGCUGGAUUACGAGGCCUUUCCCUGAACAUCAGCAUGAGUAAAACACAGCGACAGAACAAUAAUGUUGCUGUUCAUCAUCUUCAACAGACUCUUAAAAGCAAAUACUGGAGAUUCUGGCAGGACCAUGUAGAAGAGGAAGAAGAAAAGUUGCUUUACCCUCAAAUCAUCGCUGGCCAGACGUACUACAGGUAUUGUAGUACAUGUACAUUUAGCGCUUCAUUGACAAAAUCCUUCUUUUACAAAUGGAAGGACAGGCUAGUUGAACGCAGACAUCUACAGGGGUUGGAGCUCCGUGCAGAGAGCCAGUUGGCCAGACGCUUGUUGCCCCAGUGUGUCAACUCCUGGGUGAAAUACACCUCACAGGCCACCCUGCACAGAAAGAACAAAGACAUGGCAGACGCGUAUAACCGACACCGGCUGCACGGCUGGGUUUUCAACACCUGGUGGGACGGCUCCCAACAGAGCCAAGAGCAACGGCUGGCCGGGAACACGGCACUGCUGCAUGACGGGCACCGGUGUCUGCAGACCGCCUGGGGCCUCUGGAGGAGACGCACGGGGCGGCAGAUCGAGGAGGGGGAGAAGGGGCGCGCCGCGGAGCAGCUGUGCCAGCGCACACUCCUGCAGAACACCACCAGGCGAUGGAGGGACAGGGCUGCUGAGGAGAGGGACAGGAGGAACAUGAUGGAGCAGGCCUGUAGGUGUGGCGAACUACGUCACAUGAGAUGGGCUUUGACUGGAUGGAAAAAGUGUCUUGUGCUCCCUCAGUUUGUUCAGAGCCAACAGGAGGAGAGCAACAGGCUCGAUCAAAUGCGACGGCACAACGAAGUGAGACUGGUGAAAUGUAGCAUCCAGGCCUGGAAGGAGUACCAUCACCAGACAGGCCUGAGCUAUGGCUUUGUGGAGGACUGCUUUAAGCUGCAUAACCAACGCUUGCUCAGGAGGAUACUGACCGAGUGGAAAGAAAACGCAGCCUUUCAGUUAGAAGCAAGGGUCAAAGAGCAGAGGGCUCUGAGGCACUUCAAAAGAGGCCACCAGUUCAAGGUGCUAAUUGCAUGGAGACGAGCUGCAGAACAUGCAAUAGCAAAACGUCUCCAACAGGGGGAGGUACUGGCGAGGGCUCAGAGUCACAUGGAGCAUGUGUGGCAGCAGGCCGGGUUCAAGCGCUGGCGGCUGAGGACCAGGGCGACGGUGGAGGACCGGACGGGCAUGGAGAAGGCCGAGCAGUACCACCAAGCCAGGCUCCUCUCUAAGGCACUUAAGUCCUGGAGUGGCCAUCACCUCCAUCACCAGACAUAUGAGGUGAUGAGGCGACAGGGAGCCAUGCUUCUCCGACUGAAGGUUUACCAGAAGGUCUUUGCGGUUUGGCAAGUGGAGCUGGGGCGCAGGAGGCGAGAGGCGGAGCAGACGGCAAUCUCUCUUUGGCACUGGUCGCUGGGCCUCCAGUCCAAGGCCCUGUACGCGUGGCGGCUGUGGGCCUCUGAGCAGCAGAGGAGGAGGGAGCGUCUGGCCCGAGGGGCGGAGUUCUACCGAGACCAGCUGCUGAGGGACGGGGUGGCCAGUCUCAUCACGCACGCUGCUCACAUGAGCCGUCUGGCUGCGGGCCAGGCCCAGCGCGGCCAGCCGACCUCCCAGCGGCUUCAGAGCACGGUGCAGCGCUGCGCCUGGCACUGGAAGCAGCGGGUGCUUGGCCCACGACAGGGGCCCCCCCAGGGCAGGGGCCUGCCACCCAGGACACAACAUCACCUCACCUUCAGCAGUCCGCCCGCCGCUCCCAGCCCCGGGGCGGGGGCGCCCUGCCAGACGGCCCCGGGGCCAGCCCUCCGACCGCAGCCACGCCGCCCCCAGGACCUCCUGGAGUCUCCAGGAAAGAGGCGGGGAGAUGAGGGGUCUGAGGAGCCCCCCUUGGUCUGCAGCCCCGGACCCGUGUUGUGGAGGCUCCAUGGAGCCUCGGCUCCAUGGAGCCGGCUUCUCAACCAAUGCCAGAUCCCGGCGAUCCCUUGCUGCCUCCAAUCUCCACACGCCCCAAUCGGUCCCAGGCCCUCCGUCAAGAGCCACGUGCCGGCAGUGGCGUGUGGUCAACACCCUCUGUCCAUCUCCUCCUCCCCCCGCCAGGGAGCAGAGGACCAGUACGUCCUGUUGCCGCCGUCGUCGUUCAUGACUUCAAAAAGUCAAACCAAGGCCAGCCCCUCCUGUCCCAGUGACAACUCACGUCUUCCCUCCGCCCAGAACACCUCUUCAGGUUUACAACCCGCUACGUCUCAUCGAGACGGGUCUUACAUGACGUCGCCGGUUGACGAGGUGGAGAUGUGUUGGGCGAAGGAGGAGGCUGACACUGCCCUGUGCCUCACUAAAGAGCUGCUCCACAUUCAGAUGGAGAUGAAGCGCUUUCAGCAGGACCGCCAGCAGCUCUGGGCCUGGCGGAGGCUGAGGGAGCUGCUCAAGACCUGGCUGAGCACCAGUGCUGAGGACGACCCCGCGGAGAAGAGCUCUGUGCAGCAGGAGUUAGACCAGCUGGAGCAGAGCAUGGCCCAGCUGUCUGAGGACCUGGGGAGGCAGAGACCAGCAAUGCUGCUUCACGCUGUGAGGGUCCAGCACCUUGACGAUUCCCUCCGCACCUCUGGACACGGGCUCCCCAGCAGAGCCACUGAGACACUCUGAUCACUCUCUACCACCGAGACACUCUGUUCACUCUACCACCGACAUACUCUGAUCACUCUCUACCACCGACACACUCUGAUCACUCUCUACCACCGAGACACUCUGAUCACUCUACCACCGACACACUCUGAUCACUCUCUACCACCGACACACUCUGAUCACUCUACCACCGACAAACUCUGAUCACUCUCUACCACCGACACACUCUGAUCACUCUCUACCACCGAGACACUCUGAUCACUCUCUACCACCGACACACUCUGAUCACUCUCUACCACCGAGGCACUCUGAUCACUCUCUACCACCGACACACUCUGAUCACUCUCUACCACCGAGACACUCUGAUCACUCUCUACCACCGACACACUCUGAUCACUCUCUACCACCGAGACACUGAUCACUCUCUACCACCGAGACACUCUGAUCACUCUACCACCGAGACACUCUGUUCAAUCUACCACCGACACACUCUGAUCACUCUCUACAAACGCGACACUCUGAUCACACUACCACCGAGACACUCUGUUCACUCUACCACCGACACACUCUGAUCACUCUCUACCACCGAGACUCUGAUCACUCUCUACCCCAAGACACUCUGAUCACUCUCUACCACGACACACUCUGAUCACUCUCUACCACCGAGACACUCUGAACACUUUCUACCCCAAGAUCACUCUACUGCUGGGAUAUUUUUAUAUAAACUGUUCACAUUUGCAGAUUUAAUUGAAUCUUGAAGAAAAUAUUUUGAAAUCAAUGUAAUUUAUGUAUUUUUGGUUUGUAAUAAAAUCUUUCUAAUCUUGG